CGUGUGUACGUUCCGAAAAUUGUUCAAAUCGAAGCACAAGCAACCAAGCAGCCAGAGAGAAGCGCAGACCAAGCGAAAAACGCGAACGCGGAGAUUUCCUUUCGGUCGUUUCGGGCAAAUUUGGACCGCUUUCCGUACGUGGACGGGCCGCAAAAGACGGUCCCGGAUCGGCGUAACCAUCGCGUGCAUCGAUUCGCUGUUAGUUUUAGCAUCCCCGGAGGUUUUUUGAAUCUUGUACGGUCGGAAUCGGAAAAAAAACACAUCCAAGCAAGCAAAAAAAAAUGCAUCCGAGCAAUGGAUGCUCCUCGUAAGCAAAAGUGUGGUCUCUAAUCCGUGUUUGCGCGCGCGCGCGUUUGUGUGUGUGUGCGUCUAUAAUUCGCGUGCGUGUGUGUGAUAAUGCUCGACGCCGCCGCGUGUGUUUGUACGUCGUGUGUGCUACAGGAGAGGCAGCAUUAGAAGAAGAAGAAGAAGAAGAAGAAGAAGAAGAAGAAGCAGCAAUUGUCGCGUGAAAGUGUAAGUGUAUCGAAAUAUGUGCAAGUGUUAGAGAGGAGAAUGUAAGUGAAAAAGUCGCAUAAUCGAUGUAGUAGCGUGUGUGUGUGUGUGGGAAAAAGUGAUAAAUUAAAGAAAAAAGAGAAAGAAAAGGUUAAGUAUUACUGGAAAAUUGUUUCUCCCGCCAAGUGUGUGUGUGUGUGCGCACCAAAUCCUCUCUCGUGAGUUGAAUGCGCUUAGUGUAUAUGUGCAUUUAUGCGUCACCGUGUGGUGUAUGUGCACGCGUGUUCGCGUGUGUAUGUGCGUGUGUCAGAGUUUAGUGUAAUCGUGCGUGAGUGUGUGUAGCAGUAGUAAUACCGGGAUCCGUCUCUGUGUGUACGAUUGUCAUGAAUAUUGUGUCGCGCACAGUCGUCGUCACCAUUGUUGUUUGCAAGUGAGAAAAAACGUUCUUGAAGAGCCUAAGGCGGCGGGCAGUGUAGUGUACGCAGGAGGAGGGGAAACAGGCGAAAAGUACGUCCCGCCGCUCCCCUUCCCCGCCCCGAUCGCAAUAUGUUGGAAUCGAACUCGCGCCGUGCGAGCAGAACAGUAGCGGCCGCGGAACAGCAGCAGCAGCAACACCACCGCUAAGUGGGUGGUGCCGCGUCGUUUCACCGGAAACUCAAAUACAAACUCACCCCGCCCCGAGAACAACAUAACAAAACAAAUACUAAGGAGCCGAGCGCCAGCCGCCGGCUAGAGAAGGGAAUUCCUACGGCCCCGAAGCGCCCACAGAAGGGGAGAGGAGGAUCACAGCCGCCAGCAGAGAUGGGCGAUCCGAAGAACAAAAAUUCAGCGGCAGGUUCGGCCGGCGGAGCGGGAGGCGCAUCGUCGACGGCGGCUGCCUCCGGCACGACCACCACGACCACGUCGUCGGCGGCCGGACCGGUCACAACGCCGCAACAGCAGCAGCAGCAGCACCAUCAGCCGCCCUCGCAUCAUCCGCACGGGCCGCCGCAUCCACAUCACCACCAGCAGGGGCCGCCGCCGCCGCAUCAUCCGCACGGGCCGCCCCACCCGCUGCACAUGCCGCCCCAUCCGCACCACCACCCGCACCACCAUCCGGGCGGACCGCCGGGGGCGGCCGGUGGGGAGCAUCAGCAGCCGCCACCACCGCCGGGGCAUGGGCCGCCACCUCCGCCCCACCACCCGUACGACCAUCACCAUCCCGGUGCGGGCGAUGCCCCGAACGGUGGCGGGGGUGCAUCCGGCGGCGGCAAGGAUGACGGACCGCCGCCACCGCCCCACCACGGGCACGGGGGGCCGCCGCCGCCGCCCAUGGGCCACCACCAUCAUCAGAUGCAGCAUCACGGGUACGGGCAGCCGCCGCCGCCGCCCAUGCAGCAUCAGCAGCAGUACGCGCCCCGCUACCACCACCACCAUCCGCACCAUCCGCACGAUCCGAACGUGCAGGGGCCGCCGCCGCCGCCCCCGGGCGCCGGCGCCCCGGACCCGUACGCACACUAUCACCAUGCGCACCGUAUGAGUGCGGCGGCGGCCGCCGCUGCAGCCGCAGCAGCCGCCGCCGCCUCGUCCGGGGGUGGCGGAGGAGCGCCCGGCAGUGCAGGCCCGGGCGGGUCCGGUACGCCGCCGCCCCCCUCGCCACAGCAGCAUCCGGGCGGGAAGCCGGCGGCCGCGGCGGCCGCCGCAACUGCAGCCGCCGCUGCAGCAGCAGCCGCCACCGGCAGUCCGAUGCAUGGGCGGCACGGUCGCUACAUGUCUCAGCAGCCGACGGCAGCUGGUGCGGGCGGCGGUGCCGGCCAGCCACCGCCAGGCGGUGGAGCGGCAGCCGCCGGCCAGCCGCCCGGUGGACCGGCAGCCGCCGGCGGCCCGACGCCGACGCUCAACUCGCUGCUCCAGUCGCACCCGCCGCCGCCACCGGGCCAUCCGGGGGCGCCGCACCAUCGCUAUCCGCCCGGCGGGUACGAUCCGUCGGCCGGCUCGCCCCAGGGCCAGCAGCCGCCCGGUCCGGGUCAGCCGCCGGGUCCGCCGGGCGGUGGACCGCCGGGCCAGGGCCAGCCCGGUAUGCACCCGUACCACGGCGGACAUCAGCAGCAGGGCUGGGCGCCGCCACCCCGACCCUACAGUCCGCACUCGCAGCCGUAUCGGCCGCCGCCACCGGGUAAUACCGGACGAGGACAGUCACCAUAUCCGCCGGGGCCACCGGGCCAAGCGCCCGGCGGCGGCUACCCACCGCCGCAGCCACCCGCCGCCGGCCAGGGAUCGCAGCAGCCGCCCGGGCCCCCGCAGGCAGCCGGCGCUGGCCAGCCCGGCACCGGGGCCGGCGGUCCGCCCGGCCAGGGACCACCGCCGGCGGGUGGCCCUAGCGGGCCCGCGGGCGGAGCGCCCGGCCAGUCACCACAGCACCAUCCGCCCACCUCCCAGGGACCGCCCGCCAACGCGCAGUACACGCCCUACCAGCCGCAGCGCUACCCGACGCCCGGCGGUCCCAACGCACCGAACCAUCGCACCCCGUAUCCGCCGCAUCAGUAUGAACCGGUCAGGUCGUGGCCAUCGCCAGCAGCUAGCCCGGGACCGGGUCCGGGCCACAUGCCUCCCUCACCACACGGACCUCCGCAGAGUCCUGGGCAGCAGCAGCAACAGCAGCAGCACGGUGGCGGCCCCAGCCCGUCACCGCAGCCACCGCAGCCGGCUCCCUCACCACAUCAGGUACGUGACACCGGCUUCUUCCUCUCGCAGAUUGGUUCGGACGAGCUUCGCAGUGUAGAUUCGACGGGUCAAAACAGUAAUGACAGCACGACGGGAGGUAGUGGCGGGCCCGGCAAUUCUGCAGGACCAACGGGCAUCCACGGUGCACCUGGCACACCGAACUCCUCCUCUUCGUCGUCGUCUCAGGGCAUGAGGCCAACGCCGUCGCCAACUGGUUCUGGUAGCGGGUCGCGUUCCAUGUCACCGGCAGUAGGCCAACAAAGUAUUUCGAUGCCUCCUCGUCCAUCCAGCAGUCACUCGCAAGCGCCAAACCAGCAACAGCAAGGACCGAACCAUCAGCACGGCGGCAGCAACAGCAAUCUCGUGCACGGCCAGCAGCAGCAGCAGCAGACGCAAGGACCACCGCCAGGAACACCGGAACACCACGCCCGUGUAGCCUCGCCGAAUCGGCCCCCGUCGGCUUCCGCCCAGCAGCAGCAGCAGCAACAACUUCCGCCAGUGUCGUCCGCUCCCGCGGGCGGCCCAGCGUUACCGCCGUCGUCGCAGGCAGGUGCCGCCGGAGGGUCGGCAGCAGCGGCCUCCGCGAUGGCCGCCCAAGGCUACCCGGCGCAACCGCCCCAUCCACCGCACAUGCACGGUGGCCCGUACAAGAUGGGCCCGGGUGGCCCGGGAGGCAUGCCGCCGGGUGGGCCCGGCCAGCAGAUGUCACCUUACCCGCCACCCCCGCACCAGCAGCCACCUCCGCAGUCGCAGCAGUAUUCACCACACUCGCCCGCGAGUUACUCGCCGCGUCCGCAAUACCCGGGAGCGUACGGCCCGUCGCCACCGGUGCCGGGGCCGCCGCCACCGCCCGGCACCCAGUCGGCCCAGGGUCCGCCCGGCAGCGGGGGUCCGCAACCGCCACACCCGCCGCCGCCCGGCGGCUAUCCGGGACAGCACCGGAUGCCGAACCACGUGGGUGCCGGGGGACCACCGCCACCGCCCCACUCGCAGUACCCUCCGCACCAGUAUCCGCACCAGCCGCCAAGCCCCUGGGGACCACCGCACACGCAGCAGGCCGGCGGCCCGGGUGGAGCCGGCGCGGGCCAUGUAAAUAAUCAUGUACAGCAAUCGCAACAGGGCCAGGGCGGGCCACCGACGCCCGGCGGUGCAGGCGGACCGCGGCAAGUCAAGGGAAUGCCGCCCGGUCCGCCGGGAGCUGGCGGCGUACAUCCGCAGUCGCCCCAGCAGCAGCAGCAGCAGCAGCAGCAACACUCCCAACACCAUCAGCCACCGCCACCACAUCAUCAGCCGCACCAUCAGGCGCAUCAUCAGUCCCCGCACCAUCCGGGCGGCCAGUCCCAGCAGCCGCCGCCCCAGAGCGGUUCGCCCCAGCCGCUCAACUACCUGAAGCAGCACCUUCAGCACAAGGGCGCGUACAGUGGAGCGCCCAGCCCGACGCCACCGCCCGGCCAAGGGUACGGCAACGGGCCCGGAAUGCAUCCACCGAUGGGUCCGCCACACCACAUGGGCCCCCCGAUGGGGCUGCCGCCGCCACCGAACGCAAGCAGCAUGGGUCCGCCGCCACCGGCCGGCACACCACCGAACCAGUCACCGUCCGGUGCGGGCGGCAGUGGCGCCCUCGGACAUCCGCAGCACCCGUCGCAGCAGGACGGCGGACAUCCGCCUUCGCCGCACGGGCAACAGCAGCAGCAGCAGCCUCCGUCGCAGCCCCAGCACCCCGGGCAGCAGCAGCAGUCGCAACAAUCGCAGCAGCAGCCUCCCCACUCGCCCCACCAUCAUCCGCAUGGGCCACCGCCGCCGCCCCACCAGCAUCCGGGCCACCAUCCCGGUGCCGAUGUGCCGCCGCAGCCACCACACCACGGGCUGCUGGCGGGAGCGGGCCAGGACAACGGUAUUGGCAAUGCGGCAGGCGGGCCGGGAGCAGGAGGAGGAGCGGGUGGAGGUCCACACCAUCACCAUCAUCCCCAUCAUCAUCAUCCAGUUACCUCACUCGUUACGACGGGACCUGAUGGCGCUCCACUCGACGAAGCCAGUCAGCAGAGCACCUUAUCCAAUACCUCAGUAGCUUCCGGAGAAGAUCCCACGUGCUCGACGCCGAAAUCGCGGAAAAACGACCACUACAACCAAAGCCAUCUGACGAACACCAACACGCCGUCGUCGUCGAAUGCGUCGCCCGGACCGCACAACGCACACGAAGACUUUGAGCUCAACUCGUCCCCCACGUCCUGGCCGCGGACGCCAGCUAGUCCAGUAUUUAACAGUCACGUUCCUCCGACGCCGGAGACACCUUUUAGAUCCACUAAGCAGAAAUCGGACAGCUUGAACAAGCUGUACGAGAUGGACGACAAGCCGGACCGGCGCGUGUUUCUGGACAAGCUGCUGGCGUACAUGGACGAGCGAAGGACCCCGAUCACGGCCUGUCCGACGAUCUCGAAGACACCGUUGGAUCUGUACAAGCUGUACGUGUACGUGCAGGAGCGCGGCGGGUUUGUUGAGGUGUGUAAGAAGGUUACCAAGAGCAAAACGUGGAAGGACAUCGCCGGCAUGCUCGGGAUUGGGGCGAGCAGCAGUGCCGCCUACACGCUGCGCAAGCACUACACCAAGAAUCUGCUGCCGUUUGAGUGCAAGUUCGACCGUGGCGGUAUCGAUCCGGGCCCGAUCAUUGCGCAGGUCGAAGCCGGUUCGAAGAAAAAGUCUGCCAAAACGACCUCCGUUCCAUCGCCGGGAUCAUCGAAUUCGCAAGACUCGUUCCCAGCGCCCGGCAGCAGUAGUGCCUCGAUGGAUGGCUACGGACCGUACCCGGGCAGUGGCUAUCCGCCCGGCUCCACGCCGGACUAUGUGCAGCAGCAGCAGCAGCAGCAGGGUGCUGCCGGUGGCCCACCGGGUGGUCCACCGACGCCCGGUGCCCCAGCGGGCCCGGGACAGCAACAGCCGCCACAGCCGCAGCAGAGGCCACCCUCGCAGCAAAGUGGCACCCAGUCUCCUCAUCCAGGUUCAGCACCGCCUGCCUCUGGCGAUAACAUUAGCGUGAGCAAUCCCUUUGAUGAUCCCGUGGGUCCACAGCGUCCCCCGUAUCAGCAGGGCGCUCCCUAUCCACCGGUUUCACGUCCCCAAGGUGCUCCUUACCAGGGACAGCCGGGUGGUUACGGGCAGUACGGUGCCCCAGAUCAGUACGGACCGGGGGCGGGCACACCGCCCGGCCAGUAUCCACCGCCGCCCGGCCAGCAGGGACAGUAUCCUCCAACGAAUCGGCCGCUGUACCCACCGUACGCACCACCGGAAGCCGGAGAAGGAUCUCUCUACAGAGGCACACCACCAUCGUCGGCGGCCCCCGGACCGCCAUCGGCAGCCGAUCCGUACCGGGGCUACGGCAGCUCACCCUACCCGCCGCCACCGCAGCAACGAGCGUACCCGCCGCAGCAGCAGCCAGUCGUCAGUGCGGCACCCGGCGUUCCGCCCGCUGGUACGCCUCCGAUUCCGGGCCAAACGGGUGGUGCCGCCCAAGGGCAGGUGCCGCCGGGAGGAGGACCACCAUCUCAACAGCAGCAGCAACAGCAGCAGCAGCAGCAGCAACCGCAGCAAGCGCCGCCUCCGCAGCAGCAACCGGGCGCCCAGGGCCAGCCGGGUGCACCGGGCGGAGGCUAUCCGGCACCGGUCGGUCAGCCAGGCGUGCCACAGUCGGCCGCCGACUACUACCGACAGCAGCAGGAACAGGCUCUUCCCUACCCACAGCCCAACCAGCCCCGGCGCCAUCCGGAUUUCGAAAAGAGCCAACAGCCCUAUCCUCCAUACCAGCAGCGGCCUCAGAUGUAUCCAGGUGGAUGGCAGGCAGGUCCUGGUGGACAAUACCGUGGUCAGUAUCCUCCGCAGAGCCCCCAGCAGCAGUGGGCGCACAAUGGUCCCCGGCCGAGCGGUCCGCCCGGUCCGCCCGGUGCUGGUGUCCCGCCCGGUGGUCCGCCCGGUGCUCCCGGUCAGUGGGGAGCGACCGCGGAUGUGAAUCGUUACCCUCCCAGCCAGCAACAGCCACCAUAUCCGACGCAUCAGCAGGGACAGCAGCAGCCCUGGAACCAGAUGCCACCGACGUCACAGAACUCACCGAUCCGGCCACCAAUGCGCGGUGGCAAACCGUACCCUCCGAUGGCAGGGGCCGGUGGUCCGGGUGUUCCGGCGCCGCCCGGCACGAUGCCGGGAAUGCCACCGGCUAGCAUCAACACACCGCCGCAACCGCCGGGCGUUGUCGGUGGUCCGCCAGGAGCGGCGCCAGGAGCCGCCGGUGGACCGGUCGUGCCCGUCAGUGGCGGUCCGCCCGUCGUCCCCUCCCCCGGCGGCGGCGUAGUAGUGCCCGGUAGUGGUGUUCCUUCCGUGGCUGGCAGUGUUGGCAGUGCCGCCGGCACGCCAGGAGCAACGCCCGUCCCGAACGCUUCGCCUGCGGUUGCCGUCAAAGCGCAGCCAACGGUGCAGGGCGGCGGUGGCCAGGUGCAACAGGCCGGUCCAAACUUCCCGCCCGCCGGCAGCGGCGGUGUCCAGCAGAAGCGGGACAUCGUGUUCCCGUCGGACAGUGUGGAGGCGACCACGCCCGUACUGUACCGGAGAAAGCGCAUCACGAAGCUGGACAUCGGGCAGACCGAUGCGUGGCGGAUAUUCAUGGCCCUUCGGUCGGGGCUGCUGGUGGAGAGUACCUGGGCACUGGACGUGCUGAACAUCCUGCUGUUCGAUGACUCCUCCGUGGCUUACUUUGGCCUAGCGCAUCUGCCGGGGCUGCUGAAUCUGCUGCUCGAUCACUUCCAGAAGAGCUUGUGCGACAUGUUCGAGAGUGGCAAGCGGGAGGGCACAACCAAUCGCUUCAGCGUGGAGGGCUCCGAUCGGGCCGCUCUGCUCGACCAGAUGCGAGAUAUCGAUGAGGAAGGCGAGGAGGCGCAAAGGGAGGAAGAGGCGACGGCCAGGAAUGGAUCGUCGUCGAUCGCCGUAACCACUACCACUACCGAAACGACCAUCAAGCUAGAGCCAGCGUCACCGAUGAUGACAACGACGAUGACAACCACCACCACCACCACCAUGAUUAAGCAGGAGAAGCUCGAGAAUGGUUUACCAGAGGGGGGUGAUGCGUCGUUGCACCAUAACGGAACGCGCGAUGGUGGUGAUAGUAAAGCGGCCAGCAACGGCACCGGCUCGACGAUAGACAGGCGAAGAAGCGCCCAGUGCUAUGCGCGACGCAACAUCAAACGGUGCGACUCGAGCGUGGAGCUCGACCUGGGCGCGGUCAAGAACCCACCGAACCCGGAGGAGCGCACCCUGAUACUGACGUCGACCACGAACUACACGAUGACGUCGCGCAAGGGCCGCCCGGUGAAGAUCCAUCCGGCGGAGGACGACGUGUUUGUGCUCGACCACCGGCGCGACUGGGACCGGGCGUCCGACUACCAGUACCAGCGCGACACCGAGGUCGGGGGCGACCCGUGGACGGCCGGCCACACCGAUCCGGACCCGCACGACUACAUCAUGGAUACGUUCCGGGCCGAGUUUGUGAACAUUCCAUUUGCGAAGUACAUCAAAACCAGCGCCAAGUACGCCGAGGCCGCCAAGGCGAACGGUGGUCGGAACGGCAAGCGGAUAGCGGCGGCCAACAAUAAUAACAAUUGCAGCAACAAUAACAACAACAACAACAGUGUAAAGUGUACAAGUAAAAACGAGCGCGAAGAGCCGCAGCAGGAGAACGCCGCGGUCGAGAAUAGUGCCGCCGCUGCGGCUACGACAGUGACGGUGAAAAACACGUCCGACGAAGCGCCGCCCACGUCGAUGGAGGUGGAGGAAGAGGAGGAGCUGCUCUCGCCGCCGAAGCGAAGGAAAGAGGACCCGCAUCUGUCGCCGGCCGCUACGCCGACGUUACGCACGCGCAAAGAUCACCACAUCGCCCGGCUGAUGAACGGCGAGAGUGGCGAGGAGGAGGAGGGGCAAGCGAAGGAGAAGAGUGAUAGCGGCCUGCUGGACAAAGUAGUUAAGAACUGUAUAGUGAAGAAAGAGAAGGCGGCAGAGGAGAAGGAAGCGACCGAGACGAGCGACAAAACGACUGCCGCCGGCACGAAGGGCGGCACCGCACCGGCCCCGUCGCCGAUGGAUGCGGACUGUCGGGAGAUCGACAUGGAGCUGGAAAAGUCCUCGACGCUGUCGAACGGGCCGCAGGAAGCGGGAGCGAAGGAUCAGCGGGACGGCAGCGAGUCUCGAACGUCGACCACGCCCGACCCCGAACAGAAGAAGCUGUCGAAGGUGGAAGCAAAUCAGCCGCCACCGUCCCCGUCAGCUGCUUUAAAAUCCUCCGAAGAAAAGAUGGAUGUCGAUGAAGAGGCAGCAGGGGAGCAGCAGAAGGAGCAGGACAGUGCGAUAACGACGUCGGCGGAGGUAGCGACGAAAGCGUUCGACAUUGCGGAAACGGUACGCGAUCCGGCGCGUGUGCUGAAGCGGCGCCGGAUGAGCGAUUACGAGGACGAGUGCUACACGCGGGACGAGGCGAGCCUGUACCUGGUGACCGAGGGUCAGGAUGCGCUGGCGCGGCGCUGCGUCGCCAUAUCGAACAUCCUGCGCAAUCUCACCUUCCUGCCGAACAACGAGACGGAGUUCUCGAAAUCGUCCCGCUUUCUGGCGAUUCUGGGCAAGCUGCUGCUGCUCAACCACGAGCACCCGCUGCGCACGAAGAAGACGCGCAACUACGACCGCGAGGAGGAUGCCGACUUCUCCGACUCGUGCAGCAGCCUGCAGGGCGAGCACGAAUGGUGGUGGGACUUUUUGGUGCAGAUCCGGGAGAAUAUGCUGGUGGCGACGGCCAACAUCUCCGGCCAGCUCGACCUGUCGCGCUUCGACGAACCGAUCUCGCGCCCGAUUCUGGACGGGCUGCUGCACUGGGCGGUGUGCCCUUCGGCCCACGGGCAGGAUCCGUUCCCGACGCUCGGUCCGAAUGCGGCCCUGUCGCCCCAGCGGCUCGCCCUCGAAGCCCUCUGCAAGCUGUGCGUGACGGAUGCGAACGUGGAUCUGGUCAUCGCGACGCCGCCCUUCUCGCGGCUGGAAAAGCUGUGCUCGGUGCUGACGCGCCACCUGUGCAAGAACGAGGAUCAGGUGCUGCGCGAGUUCUCGGUGAACCUGCUGCACUAUCUGGCGGCCGCGGACAGCUCGAUGGCACGGACGGUGGCGCUACAGUCACCGUGCGUGUCCUACCUCGUGGCGUUCAUCGAGCAGGCGGAACAGUCGGCGCUGGGCGUUGCCAACCAGCACGGCAUCAAUUUCCUGCGCGACAACCCGGACUCGAUGGGCACCAGCCUGGACAUGCUGCGGAGGGCUGCCGGUACGCUGCUCCACCUAGCGAAGCAUCCGGACAACCGGCCGCUGUUCAUGCAGCAGGAGCAACGGCUGCUGGGGCUGGUGAUGAGCCACAUACUGGACCAGCAGGUGGCACUCAUCAUUUCCCGCGUGCUGUACCAGUGCUCCCGGGGGACGGGUCCGCUCACGACGAUGGAGAUCGAAUCGGGCGGCAAAGCAUUCACCGCCAGCAACUCGUCUUCUACCGGAGCAGCAGCAGCAGCAGCAGCUGCAGCAUCGGCAGCAAACUCCACCGCUUCGUCCGUGAUGGAAGCGAAAGGUGGAGCGACAGAUGCAAAGGCUCUGCUAUCCGCCUCCAGCAUGUCCACGAACGGUGGCAGCAUUGCCGGCGGUCCUUCCUCUCCGAGUGCGACGCAUGCAAGCAACAGCAGCGCGUCCACGCCGAACGGCGCCGCCAGUAAUGCGGUGACAGCCGCAACGAAUGGGCAGGCGGCAUCGGACGAGUUUGCUACGCCAUCGACGCCUUCGGCCACCAUUGCCGCUAACGAAAGCGCUGACAGUAAAGCUGCCUCCGCCAAUGCCUCCUCCCCAGCCGGACCGAGCUACGAGGAAUCCGGCGCAUCGUCACCGACCACGCCCGCAGAACAUGGUGCAUCGUCGAUGGCAAACAUGGGCACUUCGUCGCCCGCGGGCAUCGGUACGGAGGUGGUAAACCCCAGCACGGGUUCAGCAGCCACAAACAACACCUCCAACAGUAACUGCAGUAACAGUAGCAGUAGUAACAGCAGCAGCAGCAGCAGCAGCAGUAGUAGUAGUAGUGGCAAUACCGUUCCCACGAGUCCGUCAGCCGUUACAGCAACAGCAGCAGCAGCAACCUCCCCUGCCGCCAGUGUGGCUCCGUCUUCGCAACAUCCGAUAACCGCCUCGUCGUAGUGGAAGCGGAAUGUAUCUUACUGAAGCUCGAUAGUAGUGCUACACCAGCAGAAGCUGUAAUGCAUGUAGACGGUUAACGGUGGUACACGUACGGCUGUUAUCGUCAUGUAUAUCGAAGUUUAUAUAUAUACACACACACACACUGACACAAAAAGUUAUUUAUAGUUACACAAACAAACACACACACACAAACACAUAUAUGAAUAUAUAUAUUUAUAGGAAUAUAUAUUUAGCAAAAUGAAGUGGAACACACACACACACGCACGCGUGACGAUGUAUGAAGGGGAGAAUCAUUGGAUAUGUUAAAAUCAAGCAAAACAGAUAAAAACUCGUACAGAAAAAGGUUUAAAAUUUGCGGGUAGCAUAAUAGUAGAGGCGGCGGCUGUAUUAGAGAACAUGAAAACAUGAAAACGAAACAAACACAUACAGCAACAACAACAAAA